GGUCGCGCGCAUUUUGCUGAAAACAGAAAAUAACCGACCACAUAAUCCUUCACCCUUCGCCUAUUUAUCUUCAACUUGGCUUUUCUAUCAUUAUUCAACUUCCGCAUUUUCCCCUCCUCUAUUACCAACUAUUCCCACAAGAUGGCGUGUAACAAGACGUUUUUGCUGCUGUUGUUGGUUUGCGUCGUAACUGUGGGGCGCUGCUCCGCCCAAGAACCGGCCAAUCGCGUCGAGCCCCAGUUCGACAAGGACGGUGAUUCUUGGUCUGGUUGGGCCUACAACAAAUUCUCCGAGAUCGGGCUUGUUGAUUCAGAAAAGGCCAAGGAUGUCGCUCACAAUGUUGUCGAGAAAACAUCCGAAGCUGUCUCAAGAUCUGCAGACACCGUCAAUUCUGCAGCAUCUGAUUCAUCCAAGUAUGCAUCGGACGUGGUGAGCAGCACAUCUCAGAAGGUCGGCAGCGCCAAGGACCAGGUUUCCGAGAAAGCCGGCGAGGCUGUGAAGAAGGCGUCCGAGAUGGCUUCCGGUGCGAGUGAGGCCACCAAGCAGAAGACCAACAGCGCCUACGAAUCCGCUUCCGAUUUGGCACGUGAGGCCACAGACAAGGCUGCGGGCGCCAAGGACAAUGUCAAGGACAAUGCUAAUACCGUGUAUACCAAGGCUGGAGAGGCGGUGCAGCAGGGCAAGGGCAAAGCUGCGGACACAUACGGGGACACCAAGUGGUCGCUGGGUGAGGCUUUUGAUAAGGUCAAGGGGUCGAUCUCGGAUCAGGAUAAGAAGAGGUUAGACGAGGCGCAAGAGAAGGCUAAGGGAAAUUUGUCGCCCGAGGAUAAGAAGAAGGUGGAGGACGCCAAGGAGAAGGCCAAGGGGUCAGUGACGGAGCAGGAUAAGAGGAAGUUUGAGGAGGCGAAGGAGAAGGCCAAGGGGUCGGUGACGGAGCAGGAUAAGAGGAAGUUCGAGGAGGCGAAGGAGAAGGCCAAGGGGUCGGUGACGGAGCAGGAUAAGAGGAAGUUCGAGGAGGCAAAGGGGUCGAUGACAGAGCAGGAUAAGAAGAAGAUCGAGGAGGCGGAGAGGGCUGCGCAGGGGAUAGUUGAUGCUUCUUAAUUGUGUUGUGUUUUAUAAAUAUAUUUUGGUUUGGUAGGUUAGCCACAUAAAGUGGUUUAUAGCAGCAGAGGUUUUAAGACCUUGUUGCACUUUAGUACAAUAAAUAUGAUAUAUAGUUGUAUACUUGUAUAUAGUUUUCAUGUGAUCAUCAAGAUAUCACAUAUAAUAAAAUUUCAGUAAAUGUUUCUUA